AUGCAUAUCAACACUUUUACCUUUCUUCUAGUAGGCCUCGUCGCCCAAUCCUCCGCUGUCCCUACAAAGCGCGAAGCCGUCGACAGCUGUCUCACACAAGCCAAAGUCCCAAUCGACACUCGAGGCUCUCAAACAUGGAAACAGGACGGCACAGCGUACAACCUCCGCCUUCAAUUCGAACCAGCUGCCAUCGCAGUCCCUACAACAGUCGCCCAAGUCUCUGCCGCUGUUGAAUGUGGCGCUAAGCAUGGCGUUGCUGUUAAUGCCAAGAGUGGUGGACACAGCUAUACCUCUCUUGGCUUCGGUGGCGAAGAUGGCCAUCUCAUGAUUGAGUUGGAUAGAUUGUACAGUGUCAAGCUGGCUAAGGAUGGCACGGCAAAGAUUCAACCUGGUGCUAGACUUGGACAUGUUGCGACUGAGCUUUGGAAUCAGGGCAAGAGAGCUCUUUCUCAUGGAACAUGCCCUGGAGUUGGUAUUGGUGGUCACGCUCUGCACGGCGGCUACGGUAUGGUCGCCCGCAAAUACGGCCUCACCCUCGAUCUCAUGACUGGCGCAACCGUCGUCCUCCCCACCGGCAAAGUCGUCCACUGCUCCAAGACCGAAAACUCCGAUCUAUUCUGGGCCGUCCGCGGCGCCGGUGCAUCAUUCGGCGUCGUCGUCGAGAUGGAAUUCAAGACCUUCGCCGCGCCUGAGAAGAUUACAUACUUCGAUAUCGGCCUCAACUUUGACAAGAACUCGGCACCUCAAGGAAUGUACGACUUCCAAGAGUUCGGAAAGACCAUGCCUGCGGAAAUCACUAUGCAGAUGGCAGUUUCCAAGAACGGUUAUAGCGUUGACGGUGCUUAUAUCGGUGAUGAGGCGGCUCUGAGGAAGGAGUUGCAGCCUCUGCUUCAGAAGCUUAAUGCUCAGGUCACUGCUACAACUGUGAACUGGAUUGAGCUCGUGACUCACUUUGCGGGUGCGGGUGUUGACGUUAACCCCACAAGCGCUUCAUAUGAUGCACACGACAACUUCUAUGCCAGCAGUCUCGCAGCGCCCGAAUUGACCCUUGACCAAUUCAAGUCCUUCGUCAACUACGUCUCCACAACCGGCCAAAGCAGCAGCCACUCAUGGUGGCUCCAAAUGGACAUCUCAGGCGGCAAAUACUCUGCAGUUUCCAAGCCCAAGCCCAGCGAUACCGCCUACGUGCAUCGCGACACACUACUCCUCUUCCAGUUCUACGACAGUGUUGCACAGACCGCACAGUACCCUUCUGACGGCUUCGGUCUCAUCAAGGGCUUGAGACAGAGCAUUUCCAACUCAUUGAAGGAAGGUACCUGGGGCAUGUACGUCAACUAUCCCGAUUCGCAGAUUAAGGGCGAUCGGGCGACGGAGAUGUAUUGGGGAAGCAAUGUUGCAAAGCUGGAGUCGGUCAAGGCCAAGUACGACCCAAAGAACUUGUUCCGCAACCCUCAGUCUAUCCAGCCCAAGGCUUAA